AUGGCAAAGGGCGGAGAUCUCGCUGACAUCCUCGAGCAGAUGAGCCGUUUGAUGGAAGCGCAAGCCAACGCACAGAAAGCGCUUCUGGAACAGCUUGUGAAGCCGAAGGACACCGAGUUCCUGAUGGAGGCACUGUCAAAAACGCUCCCGGAAUUCUCAUACGAUCCACAAAACGGAGUGGUUUUCGACAAGUGGUAUGCACGACACCAAGAAGUGUUUUCCAAGGGCGGUGCUGCACUCGAAGAAGCAGACCGAGUGAGAUUGCUCCUGCAGAAGCUGAAUUCGAUGGAUCACGACCGGUACGUGAAUUUUAUUCUACCGAGGACCCCACGAGAAAUUACGUUUGCGGACACAGUGGAAACGCUGAAGGAAAUGUUCGGUCACCAGACAUCUGUGUUUUUCCGUCGUUUCCAGUGUUUACAAACACGCAAGCGGGACGCUGACGAUUUUGUCACCUACGCCAGUGCUGUGAACAAAUCAUGCGAAGAUUUCAACGUCAACACCAUCACUGCUGAUCAAUUUAAGUGCUUGAUCUUUGUCGCUGGGCUGCACUCGGAGAAAAACAAAGACAUUCGGACGAGAUUGCUCGCGAAGAUGGAAAGCGAGACAGUGGCGGAUCCAAUGACUCUCAAGAAGCUGUUGUUGGAAUCUUUAUCGGAACCACCACCGGAAGUCGGUGGUAAGAAGAAGAAGAAGUACAGGAAUAAAAAGCAACAUGAGCAAACUGGCCACACGAAGGGUAUUUAUGCAGUCAACAAGGCCGGUGUCAUCGGCAGACGUAAAUACGUAGAAAUUUGCAUCAACGAUUUCCCGAUAGAACUUCAAAUCGAUUGCGGUUCGGACUACACGAUUGUUUCUGAGGAGUCACUAACACAGCUCGGUGAUCCGGAAACAUGUUCCACGAGUCUGAAAGUAACUACAGCAUCAGGCAAGCUACUACCACUGAAUUCGGAGUUCGAGUGCCAGGUUACACUGAAGGGAUUGACCAAGCGUUCGGUGUGCUACGUGACAUCGGUGAAAGGCUUCAACGUUCUCGGAAGCGAUCUCAUGGAUGCUUUUGGUCUGUAUGACGUUCCGAUUAAUUCGUUCUGCAAGCUAGUUACGACCGUAGGAGAUUCGGAGGUGUAUUGCAAUGCACUGAAGGUGGACUUCUCGAACUGGGCGGCACCCAUUGUUGCUGUUCGCAAGGCACAGCGUGACGCAGACGGAGAUCCGAUAGUGCGUAUUUGCGCGGAUUAUUCCACGGGGCUCAAUGUGGUGCUGGAAGCAAAUAAGUUCCCUCUACCUACUCCUGACGACAUUUUCGCAAAGCUGAGUGGCAGUCAGUACUUUAGUGUGCUGGACUUGUCAGAUGCAUAUCUACAGAUGGAAGUUGAGGAGGAUUCCCAGAAGUUGCUGACAGUGAAUACCCACAAAGGACUCUUCAAAUAUAAGCGGCUUCCUCCAGGAGCCUUCCAAAAAGUUAUCGACAACAUGAUUGGCGAUUUGGAAGGAACUGAAUCUUUUCUCGACGACGUUAUUGUGUUCGGGAAAACAAGAGCUAAGCACGACCAGAACCUCGAAAACACAAUUCAACGGAUCCAGGAGUACGGGUUUCGGCUCAAGAUUGAGAAGUGCAAAUUUUGCAUGAGUCAAGUGAAGUAUUUGGGACAUAUUAUCGAUCGUGAUGGCAUUCGAACAGAUCCGGAGAAGGUAUCGGCAAUUUCACAAAUGCCUCCACCCAGGAAUGUCACGGAGCUUCGUUCUUUCUUGGGCGCAGUGAAUUAUUAUGCGAAGUUCAUCAAGGAAAUGCACCUACUGCGUAAACCUUUCGACCAGCUGCUCCAAAAGGACAGGCAGUGGGACUGGAAGGAAGAAUGUAAGCGUUCGUUUUUGAGAUUCAAGGAGCUGCUAAAGUCGGACCUGGUGCUUACACACUACAAUCCUCAACUGCAGAUUGUGGUGGCAGCUGAUGCCUCCAACACGGGCAUUGGAGCGAAUAUUCGACAUCGGUUUCCUGAUGGCACAGAAAAGGUGAUUCAACACGCAUCGAGAUCAUUGACACCGACGGAGCGUGGUUAUGGGCAAAUCGACAAGGAAGCUCUGGCACUAGUCUACGCCGUCCAAUACGUCAGCACUACCAAGUUUGGAUAUGUGGACAUACUUUCAAGGCUCAUCAAUUCGGCGGUGAAACCGGAAGAAGACUUUGUCAUUGCAUCGGUUCAAUUGGAGGAAGAUCUUCUAGCAGUUCUGGAGGAUUCAGUCGGCAAUACCCCAGUCACUUCCAGGAUGAUUGCGACGGCAACUAAACAUGACAAGGUGCUGAAGCGUGUAGCAGUGUAUCGAGUGCGGCUGGCCAGCAAAGCUAAGUCUCCAGCUCAUGCUACACCGGAAGCAUGGCCAACUCCAUCUGGACCAUGGCAGCGUCUGCAUAUCGAUUUUGCGGGGCCAAUCGAUGGACUUUGGUUCCUAAUCAUUGUUGAUGCGUUUUCACGAUGGCCGGAGAUCUACCCAACGAAGACAACUACGGCCAAAGUAACAAAACAGUUUCUUCGAAGCACUUUCGCACGGUUGGGAUUGCCAUUGACGAUCGUUUCGGACAACGCUGCACAAUUCACUUGCGAAGAAUUCGAAACGUACUGCAAAUUGAAUGGAAUCACACACCUGCUCACCACUCCCUACCAUCCGCAGUCUAACGGACAGGCGGAGCGGUUUGUAGAUUCGAUGAAGCGUGCGAUGAAGAAAAUCAACAAGGGAGAACCCCUCCAGGAGACACUAGAAGUGUUUCUGGCUACGUACCGCUCAACGCCAAGCGGAGUUACCGAGCAGAAAUCACCGAGUGAAAUGAUGUUCGGUAGACAGAUGAGAACAACGCUUGACCUAUUGCGGCCGACGGAAAUCUCCAAACCCGUCGACUUGGAAACGGCUCAACAACCAAGGCAGUUCAACACAGGUGAUUUGGUGUACGCCAAGGUGCACAAGCGGAAUGAUUGGUACUGGGAAGUAGGAAAGAUGUUCCGGAGGAUCAGCCACCUGAAGUUCAACCAAAUCAACCGAAUGGGCAUCCAGGACAACGAUCAUCUGUUCCAGCGUCAAGUCAAGAGUCAACACUUCGAGGGGUGCCUGGAAAUCGGAUUCCUGUGGCUACCACUUCUCGAGGACGACCGGUUCGCCUUCCUCCAAGAUUUGAGCACUACGUUAUGUCCUAAAGAGGGAGAUGCUAUAGCACCACCUUACGGUAAGCAACAUUGGUGCUAA